GCGAAGAUGUCUUCGCGGCUAAAUGACGCCGAAUACUUUGGUUUGGGCGCGAGUAUGGUCGUGCUUUUGAUCGUUGGUUGCGUGUUUCAAGCGUUCACGCUGUUCGUUUUGACGCGGCCGGCUUUUAAGCAAUUCGAUCUGUCGCCAUAUUUUCUCAACAUCAUCAUCGCGAACAGUGUUGUGAUAUUGGUUGAUUUUCCACCGAUCAUCGCGUCUGCUUGGGCACAGAGAAACAUGCUUGGAGAGAUAUAUUGUCAGAUCGUAGGUUUCUUGUCGUGGGUCGGAUGUAUCUCAACCAUAGCUACAUUCGUAUUGACUCUCCUCAAAACUCAUCGUAAGUUAAGAGACGACGCCAUGGAAUUUGAGAUAGCAUUUGCCGAGCGCUAUGCGUGGGAACGUCACAAUAUCAUUAAGACCCUGACAGGAACCUGGUUGUACGGUAUCGCAGUGAUGUUUCCUCCGAUGGUGACAUGGGGAUCAUUCAAUUUUGAAUCAGGCGAUACAGUGUGUGCUCCGAAUUGGCAGGAAGAAUCCUCGGCCGGACGCAUCUAUAUGGUUCUAUUAAUCCUUUUAGUAUUCGUAAUUCCUCUAGGUUUUUCCGCGGCCUACUUUGGCAAAAUAUACAACAAGUUAUUGCAAGAUAGAGGGGAUGACGGAAUGUCAUUGAGAGCAAGGGAGAAGGCGAGGAAAGCGGUCGUUAUAAUUUGGAUCGGCGUGGCAAUCUUUAUGGUCAGCUGGAUGCCCUACUGUGUAUGUGCCAUGAUGGCUUUGUUUGGAGGCUCGAAGACGUUUAAUCCGGAGAUUUCGUUUAUUCCUGGCGUUGUCGCUAAAGCCAGUGCUGUGUUCAACCCUUUAUUCUGCUUGCUAGCAAGCACACGAUUUCGAAACGUCGCUCUAAAGCUUAUCUGUAUGUGUCGUAAGAUAGAAGAAGAUGAGGAAGACGAAGAGGAGAUUGAUGAUUUGUCACAAGGAAGACAGUUGCGUCCCUCCGCUCUGAUGCAGCGUAGCCUGCAAGAGGAACUGAGCCGUAUACGACGCAUGCGCCGCUAUCAGCAGACUCGGGCAGAAGCGCGGCGCCUACGAAUAAACGGGCCUUAUAUCUCAGUAGAUAUCCCAGCAGAAAAUCUGGAAACGUCAGUUUAGGUAGUCUUUUUGACACAGAAGACUGUUCGACAUGUGACCUAGAUUUACAUAAGUGUGCGACAG